AUGUUUCUCACGAAGCAGCAAGAUGCAAGUGGGGAGCCCUUGGGGAAGAUGUCCUGUACCUCUGAGAUCCAGGCAGCCUUCAUUCUCACCUCUUUCGUUACCUUCUUCAUGGGCCUCAUCAUCUUAUUCAUCUUCAGGCUCAUCUGGAGAGUCUUUAGAAAAUGGCAAAACAUCAAGGGAACAGGAAUUAUCUUGGAACUCUUCUCAUCGGGCAGCAUCGGCCAUAACCCGUUAAGAAGGCUUUAUUUCUAUGGACUAUUCCGUGAUCGCAUAGAAAUGCUGCUUUCGGCACAGACCUUUGUGGGGCAAGUGUUGGUGAUCCUCGUCUUUGUACUAAGCAUCGGGUCUCUUAUAAUCUAUUUCAUCAAUUCCACCGACCCUGUUGGAAGCUGUUCUUCAUACCAAGACAAAACCAUCCCUGUCGAUUUGAUUUUCAAUGCUUUCUUCAGUUUCUAUUUCGGGUUGAGAUUUUUGGCAGCUGAUGACAAGAUCAAGUUCUGGCUGGAGAUGAAUUCCAUUGUAGACAUUUUUACCAUCCCACCAACUUUUAUUUCUUAUUAUUUGAAGAGCAACUGGCUAGGUUUAAGGUUCCUACGAGCAUUGCGACUACUAGAACUUCCUCAAAUCUUGCAAAUUCUACAAGCCAUCAAGACCAGUAAUUCAGUAAAGUUUUCCAAACUGAUGGCUAUAGUUCUCAGCACCUGGUUCACGGCGGCAGGAUUCAUUCACCUGGUGGAAAAUUCCGGUGACCCAUGGCUCAAAGGUAGAAAUUCACAGAAUAUAUCAUACUUUGAAUCCAUUUACCUGGUCAUGGCGACAACCUCAACAGUUGGCUUUGGCGAUGUGGUGGCCAAGACUUCCUUAGGACGGACCUUCAUCAUGUUCUUCACCCUGGGGAGUUUGAUACUAUUUGCCAACUAUGUCCCUGAAAUGGUGGAACUUUUUGCUAACACGAGGAACUACACCAGAUCCUAUGAUGUGGUCAAAGGGAAGAAGUACAUCGUGGUCUGUGGAAACAUCACUGUGGACAGUGUGACAGCUUUUCUGAGGAACUUCCUCCGCCACAGGUCGGGGGAAAUCAACACGGAGAUUGUCUUCCUGGGAGAGUCCCCUCCUUCUUUGGAGCUGGAGACGAUAUUUAAGUGCAACUUGGCCUACACGACUUUUAUCUGUGGAUCUGCACUGAAGUGGGAGGAUCUGAAGCGGGUUGCGGUGGAAUCUGCAGAAGCGUGCCUGAUCAUAGCCAACCCUUUGUGCAGUGACUCACAUGCUGAAGACACUUCAAACAUCAUGAGGGUACUCUCCAUCAAGAACUAUUACCCCAAGACCAGAGUCAUCAUACAAAUACUUCAAUCCCAUAACAAGGUCUACUUGCCAAAGAUUCCCAGCUGGAACUGGAGUACUGGAGACAAUAUCAUCUGCUUUGCUGAAUUAAAGCUUGGAUUCAUCGCCCAAGGCUGCUUGGUGCCAGGCUUGUGCACCUUUCUAACAUCUCUAUUUGUUGAGCAAAACAAAAAGAUCAUUCCUAAACAGCCCUGGGAAAAACAUUUCUUGAACGGUCUGAAGAACAAAGUUCUAACUCAACGUCUCUCCGAUGAUUUUGCUGGAAUGAAUUUCCCUGAAGUUUCCCGGCUCUGCUUCGUGAAGAUGAACCUCAUGCUCAUAGCCAUCGAACACAAAUCUGUCUUUCACGGUGGUUACUGUGGCUUGAUACUCAAUCCCCCUGCACAAGUUAGGCUGCGUAAGAAUACAUUAGGGUUCUUUAUUGCUGAAUCUCCAAAAGAAGUCAAAAGAGCCUCCUUUUACUGUCUCAACUGUCACAGUGAUGUGACUACUCCUGAGCUAAUUGCAAAAUGUGGCUGCAGAAGUAAGAGCCGACAGCACCUCACAGGUACAGGAAAAAUGGUCAUGAAAAACAACUUAAAGGACAUUUCUUCCACUUCAGCAACUCAGCGUCCUGUAUCAAAGGGGCACUCAAACAUCAUUAGCCAGAGCAGCCUGGCCACCAGGACUUUCCUGUGUGAUGUGGACCAGGACUCUGAGCAGCUCGACAGCAGCGGCAUGUUCCACUGGUGCAAAGCCACCCCUCUGGACAAGGUGAUUUUGAAACGCACGGAUAAGUCAAAGCACGAGUUUCGGAACCACAUUGUCGCAUGUGUCUUUGGAGACACCCAUUCGGCUUUGAUGGGGCUUCGGAACUUUGUGAUGCCUUUGCGAGCGAGCAACUACACCCGGAGGGAGCUGAAGGACAUUGUGUUCAUCGGGUCUCUGGAUUACAUGCAGAGAGAGUGGCGCUUUCUGCGGAACUUUCCCCAGAUAUAUGUUAUGCCUGGAUCUGCACUCUACACCGCGGACCUGCACGUGGCUAACAUUGAGUACUGCUCCAUGUGCGCCAUCCUAUCCCCCCCCUCCAAGCCAUCCAGUAGCCAGACGCUGGUAGACACGGAGACCAUCAUGGCCACCCUCAACAUCAGAUCCCUGCGCAUUGGCUCUUUAGUACCCUGGAAUUCUAAGUCAAAUGCGAAACCCUCUCUCAGAAAAAAAAAAAAAAAAAAAAAAAAAAGGCAUAAGCAAAUUCCCAUCCUCACCGAACUGAAAAAUCCUUCCAACAUCCACUUUAUCGAACAGCUUGGCAGACUGGAGGGGAGCCUCAAGGAAACCAACCUGCAUCUCAGCACUUCCUUCUCCACAGGCACCGUGUUUUCUGGCAACUUCCUCGAUUCCCUCCUGGCCACGGCCUUCUACAACUACCACGUCCUGGAACUACUUCAGAUGCUGGUGACAGGAGGGAUAUGUUCUCAGCUGGAGCAACACUUGGAUAAGGAUAAGUUCUCUGAGUUGGCCGACAGUUGUACUACAUUCUUCUCUGGAAGAUCGCGGUGUAAGCUGGGGCUUCUGUCCUUAGACCAAACCAUUUUAUCAGAUAUUGAACCAAGAGAAACCUUUGGACAGCUAUUCUGCGGCACAUUAGAUAAUCUGGGAAUCCUGUGUGUUGGUUUAUAUCGCCUGAUAGAGGAAGAGGAACGGAACCCGGAAAACAAAAGGGGAGUACGCCAGUUCGUGAUUACCCGGCCAGCCAAUGAGUUCAAGCUGCUACCCGCAGACCUUGUGUUCUGUGCUAUCCCUUUCAGCACGGCCUGUUAUAAAACAGACAGCAGUUCUUCAAAUGCUCCAUAUGAGAUUAUAAACAUCAUGCCAAAGCCCUCGGAAACAAACACAGAGAUAAGCUGUACCCCCACCAUCGACCUAGAGGACAAGAUCGCGGCACAGCAAUUGUUCUCACCAGACCAUUUUUGGGAGCUAAAAACUUCUUCCUGUUCUGCAUCUCAGCAAACAAUCUUCCCUCGGACUAGUAAGGUUCAAGCACAGGAGAAACUGAGGGACCCUGUGCCAGGAACAGGAAGGGGUAGCCAGAAGGAAACCCUGGAGGAUGACGCGCAUACAUUUUUGAAAAACAAUUAG